AUGCGUCGCGAGGCUCGUGGCGGCGCUGCCUCACUGGAACUCUCCAGCAUGAAGCGCCCGCUGUGGCUGCUGUUGCUGGUGAUGUCGUUUUCCCUGGGCGCCGCGUCGACCUCCGCCGCAGUGAAGGACGCAGCACCGUUUCGAUGCAUGCGCCCGUUUGCGUCGCUCCCACGCUUCUCCCCGGCAAACAUGGACGCCGCGGAGAACUGUAAAUUUGGCUCCUUGCGCGUCAUCAAUGCGACGGCCAGGACGCAGUGCCUGCGCGAAGACGCGGCUCGCGGGGCGUCUACCGCCUCGGAAGGUGAAAAACCGCCUCCCACGUGUAGUGUGACGCUGCACCUGACGUUUCAGACGGUGGGGGAUGAGGUCGAUCGCCCUGUGGGAGUCUCUAGCGUGGCUGGGCACAGGCCGGCAGUUGGGGGUGAGGCAUACCGUUUUUCCUUGCGGCUUCGCGCCUUUAAUGACAGCGUGGUGGAGUAUAAAGGAUUCGAUCAAAACGGCUACAGUAUGUGCUGUGACCUCAUUCAGGGCGCAGAGUGCGCGUGGGCUGGGGAGGGGGGCAGCAGUGCGGCCGCUCACUCUCCUGCGGUGACGCAGGAGGGCGAUGGCGGCAGCACGCCGGACGCACCCCGGCGGCGGGAGGCGGUGAUUGUAUCGUGCCCUCUCCGCAGCCCAGUGGUGCCUGGGGUUGUCUUUCGCGGUGUCGUCAGAAAGCCGCUUCACCGCCUUCUUCUCACGGAGUGGGAGGCCCGACUGGAGUUCUGGCGCGGCCGGCGAGAGGAGCGGGAGACGCUGGGUCGCGUGCUUGUGCCCUUUCGACUCACCGAGGAAGACGUUGCGUCCGCCUACGCCGCCGAUGCGGCAGCCACAACGUCAAGGGCUGUGACCGCCAUCGACGAUUCGCCGUCGGGCGAACAGGACGUUGUUGCGCCGCUGGAGACAGGGGAAAAUGUUGGAGAAAGAAAGGGGUCUGCGGACUUGUAG